UCAAUCCAGUCAUCCCAAUUAAGGACAACCGUGGGAGUAGUGAGAGGGACUUUGGGGACAUCCAGGGAGAAACAAGCAGUGCCCAGGGCUGGACUCUGGUCCCAGCCCCCUACCUUUCCUUGGGGCCAACCUGUUGGUGUGUCCAAGCAGGGCAAGCUCCCUCCCUCCGGUGCUCCUUGCCACGGUCUUCUCCAGUCAGGAAAACUGAGGUCUCCACGUCCUCAGAAGCUCCAAGCAGCCUAUUUGUCCCCAAAUAAAGCUGCUUUUUGGGGCGUUUCUGCACAAUCACGGGUCAGCACUGAGAGCACUGGGCAGCUGCACACAGGCUGCCUCUUCUCCCAUCAAAAUUCUGUUUUGCGGGAAAGGAAAUGUUUUUUCUGAGCAAAUACCCAGAGGACGAACACUGCAGCAGUUACAUCUCACUUUGAAAGAAUCUUGAUGCUUUUAGGAUUCAACCUGAAAUCUCAUUAGACUGCCUCCCAGCAUGAGAAUCCCUCUCCUCUGAUUCAUCCUGCACCAGGCCUGGGGGAGAGUUUGGAAUUUGUUGCCUGAGCCAUCAGUUUGGAUUCACACCAAUUGGUCUGGGGGCUCCAGAGCCCUCCUGGACUGGCUGGUACCCACUGAGAGAGCCUGGAGAGGCUGGUGGCAGACGGGGGGAUGGCAGGGGGCAGCACACACGACCCCACAUCCCUCCCUGCAACCCCACACCAGAAGCACCCAUUCAGCCCCACCGAAGUUUUGGGGUGGCAGAAGAGGUGAAAGGGUCUUGGGGACAUCCCAACAGGGGCAUGGGGGACAUCACUGCUGGGAUGGCACGUCCCAGAGCAAAGCGGGGUGUCACAGCCUGUCCCACCUGUGUUGGGAUCACUAGGAAAAGACAGGAGCUGGUGGGUGCCCCUCACACAGGUGCCAGGGACAGAGACUCCAGCAUGGCACAGCACGGGUGUGACAGCAGGGGUGGCAGUGACAGCAGGGCCAGGGCAGUGAGUCACCCCCCUGGUGCCUCACUCCACCCCUGGACUUUGCCUCCUGCGAUGCUCAGGGCAAUAAAUCCCAGGCUGGGAGGCGGGAUUGGGGCGUCGGGAGGGCGCAGGGGUCCCGUCCCUGUGGGCUGCGCUGUGCAGGGGGAUCUGCACGAGUGGGGUUGGGAUGGGGAGUGGCGUCAGGAGUGGGAUGGGAAUGAGUGUGCCAGAGGCAGCGGGCAGCAGUGCGAGGGAGCGUCGCGCAGGCAGGCAGGACAUGCAGGUGGCAGUGUGACGCUUCUGCACCGCGAGGCUCUGCCGGGAGAAGGUCACCUGUGUGCCAGGACACUGUACGUGUGUCCCGGCCGCUGUCACCGCCGCGGCCCCAGCCCCGUGGCGGGCGGGCCCGGCGGGCGGGUGACAGCCGCACCCUGCAGCGGGCGGGCGCCUCCCGCCUCCCCGUCCCCAUCCCUGUCCCCGCCGAGGCCACUCGGGCUCCGUGGCCUCAGCGGACACCCCCAUGCAGCGGGAGCGUGGGGAGCAGAGCCCAGGAGCCCCCGAAACCGAGGUCAAGGCUGUCAUCGUGGGGGAUGGCGGCUGCGGGAAGACGUCCCUGCUGGUGGCCUUCGCCAAAGGGGACUUCCCCAAGGUCUAUGUCCCCACCGUGUUCGAGAAGUACACGGCGUCCCUCCAGGUUUCCGGCAAGCCCGUGAAGAUCCACCUGUGGGACACAGCAGGCCAGGAAGACUAUGACAGGCUUCGCCCUCUGUCCUAUUCAGACGCCAACGUUGUCCUCAUGUGCUUUGAUGUCACCGACUCCAGCAGCUUUGACAACAUCCUAACAAAGUGGUACCCGGAGGUGAACCACUUCUGCAAGGGGGUCCCGGUGCUGCUGGUGGGCUGCAAGACGGACCUGCGGCAGGACCAGGAGGUGCUGCAGAAGCUGAAGGACGGACGGAUGGAGCCCGUCUCCCGCCAGCAGGGAGAGGCCAUGGCCCGGCAGGUCCGCGCCGUGUCCUACAUGGAAUGCUCGGCCAGGUACCAGGAUAACGUCGGGAACAUCUUUGUGACAGCCUGCAAUGCCGCCAUCAGUGCCGCCCGCCGCAGGCAGCGCAAGGCGGGACCCAGGAGGGUCUGCCUGAUCCUCUGAGCCCCCCGGCAAGGCACAGCCCCCCAGGAUCUCCUGCUGUCCCCGAGCUCCGACCGCACCACGGCUGCUGCCACACCUCUGCCUCCGCCACCACCGGGAUGCCGCUGCCACCCUCCCUGCCCGGGGCUGGCACCGCUGGUCACCACGGGGGGACAGCAGGAAAGCUUUCCUUGGCACAAACUGUCACGCCUGGAUCCCAGAGACCUGUGCCACCACGGCUGCCAGCAUGCCCUGCCAGCCGGGCUCUGGGGGCAGAGAACUGAUUUGGGGCUCCCCUUCCCGCUGGCAGGCCAGCGCCGGAGGGUGACACGGGGUGACUGCAGGGCGAUCUUCUGCCAUUAAAGUGACACAAAACUCAUCGGCGUGAAGGGUCCCUGGGGCAGGAGCAGCUCCUGCACGGCCUGGGGACAUCGGGGACUCCAGGUGGGCGUCAGGGACAUGGUGUGGGUGUUGGGGUCCCACCAUGGGCCCGGGGUGGAUGAGAGACCACUGGGAUGGGGUCACCUGCUGAUUUUGGGCUGAGGUGUAUGUGAGCAUGUCCAGGUGUGUGCUGCACAUACAGGUCUACAACCAUAUGUAUAGUUAUAUAUAUAUAUAUGUUUUUUAAUAUAUAUUACCGUAUAAUGUAUAUCUAACUAUAUAGCUACUUCAUAACCACCCAUAUCACUAUAUUUAUUUUAUAUAGCACUGCAUACAUUUAGGUUAUGACUAUUUAUAUAACUAUGUAUAGUUUAUAAAAACAUUGUUAAUGUC